AAAAAGAAGGCAAAGGAAAUUGAACAUCUUCAGAUAGAAAGAAAAGAAAAGGGGGGUUGAAAAAACAUGGGGAGGGGAGUGCUUGAUCUGGAGAGGCAUUUUGCCUUCUACGGGGCCUAUCACAGCAACCCAAUAAACAUAAUAAUCCAUGUGUUGUUCGUUUGGCCGAUUUUCUACACGUCUCUUGUUCUCUUCCAUUUCACACCCUCUCUAAUCCAACUUCCUCCUCUCCCCUUCCUCUCCCCUCCUUUGCUUCUCAAUUUCGGCUUCUUCUUCGCUUUGCUCUAUGCCUCCUUCUAUGUCUUAUUGGAUAGGAGAGCCGGUUCCUUGGCUGCCCUUCUCUGCCUCUUCUGUUGGCUCUCUAGCUCUUCUCUUGCUUCUCGCCUCGGCUUUUCUCUUGCCUGGAAGGUAGUGUUGGCAGCUCAGUUGUUCUGUUGGAUUGGACAGUUCAUAGGCCAUGGUGUGUUUGAGAAGCGAGCUCCUGCUCUUCUGGACAAUCUUUCUCAAGCCCUUUUGAUGGCUCCUUUCUUCGUUUUACUUGAGGUUCUUCAAAAUUUCUGUGGUUAUGAACCAUAUCCUGGAUUUCGUGCUAGUGUGGAAGCGAAGAUAGAUGCUGAAAUCAAAGAAUGGCAAGCUAAGAAGCAAAAGAAAACUUCUUAGUUUGUUAAUUUAAUAAUGCUGCCUAGGUCAGUCUUCUUAGUUUGUUAAUGUAAUAAUGUUUGCCUAGGUAAGUUUUCUAAGUUUACUUGUAUGUUCUCAAGUAAAAAGACAUAACUGUACUAUAAAUCGGAUAUCAGUGCUUCCGAACACAUAUAGAUUAUGAGUGUGCAUACGAAUUUGGAGCUUC